CGUUACAUACUUAUCCCGUGGUGAGCAUAAACUUUGUCCUAGAACCAACCUUGACAUCCACUGCUCCAUUGAAGUGAUUGGAGCGCCUUACGUAUAAAGAAACGUACAACCAGCCAUUCCAAAAGCCAAGACGGAGUCAUCCACCAAAGAUACAGAAAUUGGGCUAUCACCGUUCUCUCUUGUACCACAGUCCAUCUACAGUUGGAAUCGAAACUUUGAAAGAUUACAAUCUUUAGCCUGUUUAAGAAAGAGGUAUCCCAGUGAAUUUUCCCAAUUAAAUGACUGGAAACUCGAAGCAAGACGUCCGAAGACAACUCUUCAAGGGGAUAACUGGUCGGCGCCACCUGGUGUCCCAACCACCGGAAUCCGUUCCUGCCUCUGCCCCAGAGUUUCCCCAUCUCCCAACGGUCUCAGUCCCUGAAAUAGAAUCAUCCACGACCCCCACCACAACAUCUACACUAUUUGCCUCGCCAGUGCCACCAAAAGAUGCAGAUGAGUCGCUACAGGCGGAGCAGUCGCUUGAGUUCAUUCAACCGACCCACCGCCGCUCGGUCCUCCUCAGCGGCGGCUUUCGGCCCACCAACCCCAUGGUCAUCCCUGCUACCCCGGGGAAUCUCACUGAUACCCCAGCUGGACCGAACAUAACCAUUAACAGCACCUCGAGCGUGGCCACCACCAACACGUUUAGCCGGGGGAAGUACACGUAUCCGAGACAGGAUGCCGGCCGCCACCCCAACCAUAACCUGAGGGCCCCCGAGAGAAACGAUUCGCGUAUCGGGUACACCAAGAAAUGCUUGUUUCUAGACGAAACACCUGAACGGCCAGUGGUUUCCCCGGGGCGAGUCUCCGGGUAUGACUACAACGAGGUGUUUUGCAGUGCCCAUCCGCUUCGCCACUCCAAGCUUGUUGCUCUCGAGCAGGCAGAGAGCAGCUCUAAAGCAGUGUUCCGAGGGUACUACGGUGAUGAUAGCGACGAUGACUCCGACGAGGAGGCGAAAAUGCCCAGGAAACACAGCCGGUCGAUAUUUGACGAUUCUGCAGAAGAAGACAACAUCCUCAUCUCAGUGCCAGGCGAGAACGAUCGUGCGAGUGACAUUUUCGACAUGGAGCCAAAGCCCCUUAAGCGAAGCAAGAAGUUUUCGGGGAUCGCCCCAAGGGGGAUCAGCCUAGCCAGGCCCAUGGACGACGAUCCGGUCGAUUCCAUCAUUAACCAGCACUUGCAGAAGCUCAAAAUCGCGUUUCCCUUGAUGGCCAGUAAAAAAACUGGAUCAAACACCGGCGAUUGGCUCACAGAUGAUGAGAUUAUUCGAUUCUCCGAGUUGAACGACGAGUACGAGUCCGAGUUGCAGCAGCUUCACGAGAGCAACGCCGCCGCCAAGAAGAACUUGCAAGCGGAGUAUGAGACAUUGAAGCUGUAUGUGGCCGAUCCACAAUAUGAGGACAAAAUGGGAGAAAUCAGGGACUUGUUGGUUGAGCUGAUGCGGAAGCGGGUCAAGGGGUACGACGAGGAGAGGGACGAUACGUGGGGUGAGGCCGACGAGUCGUUCUAGUGUUGGGUAUUGUGACUCCGAACGUUUCUUGAGUCAGUCAGAGUAAGACCUGGAUAUUUCACUGUUGUGAAACAAUAUUU